AUGACAGGAGCAAAGAGGAAAAAGAAAAGCAUGCUUUGGAGCAAGAUGCAUACCCCCCAGUGUGAAGACAUUAUACAGUGGUGUAGAAGGCGACUGCCCAUUUUGGAUUGGGCACCACAUUACAAUCUGAAAGAAAACUUGCUUCCAGAUACUGUGUCUGGGAUAAUGUUGGCAGUUCAACAGGUGACCCAAGGAUUGGCUUUUGCUGUUCUCUCAUCUGUGCACCCAGUGUUUGGUUUAUAUGGGUCUCUGUUUCCUGCCAUAAUUUACGCCAUAUUUGGAAUGGGACGUCAUGUUGCCACAGGCACCUUUGCCUUGACAUCCUUAAUAUCAGCCAACGCCGUGGAACGGAUUGUCCCUCAGAACAUGCAGAACCUCACCACACAGAGUAACACAAGCGUGCUGGGCUUAUCCGACUUUGAAAUGCAAAGGAUCCGCGUUGCUGCAGCAGUUUCCUUCUUGGGAGGUGUGAUUCAGGUGGCCAUGUUUGUGCUGCAACUGGGCAGUGCCACAUUUGUGGUCACAGAGCCUGUGAUCAGUGCAAUGACAACUGGGGCUGCCACCCAUGUGGUGACUUCACAAGUCAAAUAUCUCUUGGGAAUGAAAAUGCCAUAUAUAUCCGGACCACUUGGAUUCUUUUAUAUUUAUGCACAUGUUUUUGAAAACAUCAAGUCUGUGCGACUGGAAGCAUUGCUUUUAUCCUUGCUGAGCAUUGUGGUCCUUGUUCUUGUUAAAGAGCUGAAUGAACAGUUUAAAAGGAAAAUUAAAGUUGUUCUUCCUGUCGAUUUGGUUUUGAUUAUUGCUGCAUCAUUUGCUUGUUAUUGCACCAAUAUGGAAAACACAUAUGGAUUAGAAGUAGUUGGUCAUAUUCCACAAGGAAUUCCCUCACCUAGAGCUCCCCCGAUGAACAUCCUCUCUGCGGUAAUCACUGAAGCUUUCGGAGUGGCACUUGUAGGCUAUGUGGCCUCACUGGCUCUUGCUCAAGGAUCUGCCAAAAAAUUCAAAUAUUCAAUUGAGGACAACCAGGAAUUUUUGGCCCAUGGCCUCAGCAAUAUAGUUUCUUCAUUUUUCUUCUGCAUACCAAGUGCUGCUGCCAUGGGAAGGACGGCCGGCCUGUACAGCACAGGAGCGAAAACACAGGUGGCUUGUCUAAUAUCUUGCAUUUUCGUCCUUAUAGUCAUCUAUGCAAUAGGACCUUUGCUUUACUGGCUGCCCAUGUGUGUCCUUGCAAGCAUUAUUGUUGUGGGACUGAAGGGAAUGCUAAUACAGUUCCGAGAUUUAAAAAAAUAUUGGAAUGUGGAUAAAAUCGAUUGGGGCAUAUGGGUCAGUACAUAUGUAUUUACAAUAUGCUUUGCUGCCAAUGUGGGACUGCUGUUUGGUGUUGUUUGUACCAUAGCUAUAGUGAUAGGACGCUUCCCAAGAGCAAUGACUGUAAGUAUAAAAAACAUGAAAGAAAUGGAAUUUAAAGUGAAGACAGAAAUGGACAGUGAAACCCUGCAGCAGGUGAAAAUUAUCUCAAUAAACAACCCGCUUGUUUUCCUGAAUGCAAAAAAAUUUUAUACUGAUUUAAUGAACAUAAUCCAAAAGGAAAAUGCCUGUAAUCAGCCACUUGAUGAUAUCAGCAAGUGUGAACAAAACACGUUGCUCAAUUCCCUAUCCAAUGGCAACUGCAAUGAAGAAGCUUCACAGUCCUGCCCUAAUGAGAAGUGUUCUUUAAUCCUGGAUUGCAGUGGAUUUACCUUUUUUGACUAUUCUGGAGUCUCCAUGCUUGUUGAGGUUUACAUGGACUGUAAAGGCAGGAGUGUGGAUGUAUUGUUAGCCCAUUGUACAGCUUCCUUGAUAAAAGCAAUGACGUAUUAUGGAAACCUAGACUCAGAGAAACCAAUUUUUUUUGAAUCAGUAUCUGCUGCAAUAAGUCAUAUCCAUUCAAAUAAGGCCAGUUAUAAACUGUUGUUUGAUAACUUGGAUCUUCCAACAAUGCCACUGCUCUGAAGAUUGGGCGGUUGCCUAUCAAUUGCAAAUGGCUUACUUGUACAACAAAUGUUUCUUCCAGGAUCUACUGUCCUGGGGAUUUGAAUCCACCUUUCUCAAAUAUAAAAACUCUAAAUAUGGCCUUAUAAGUUUUUUCUGCUCUGAUAUCUUGCCUCUAAGCUUAUGUUGCCAUCUUUGGAAAUAUUAUUUGCAGAGUCUAGUGCUCACAUGAUCUGAAGUGUCAAAGUUAUCCUACAAAUGCUGGGCUUAUGGUUUAGUUUUACAGUUGUUCUUAGAGCUUUGAUUUCCUACAAUUUUUCCUUGAGUUUUGAAUUGUUUUUCCUUUCCUCAUCCCUAGAAUAACAUUUGGUGCCUCGCAGAGUCAUCCCUAUUGUAUACAAUCAGAACA